CUCAACAUGGCUUCAACAGCUCUUUCAUAUCAACUCGAAAUCAACGUGCCCUUCGAGUCCGCCAAACAGGCCACUAUUGCAUGUAACACGCUAUCGCCAGACCCCAUCUUAAAGAAAGACGAGCUCACGGUUGACUACACCACUAGCGGAUCCAACUUGAUUUGCUUAUUCCAAGGAGUCAGUGACAGAGUUAUCAGAGUGGCCAUCAGUAACGUCUUGGACAACCUCAAGACUAUAGUGGAGUGCAUUGACGAGUUUGAAGGGAAGGAGGACCACAUAUUCUCCAAGUAACAGGUUUGCAUGGGAUUAUAAACAAGUCAAUAUUUAGAAGAAUACACCGUUUCGAUCUAGCGAUGGCAGGAGAGCCAAACAAACUUUUGCUUUGAUAACAGUAACAACCCUCAUCUCUAUACACCGCCGAGAGCUCUUUCUCUUCUUUGUUUUUGAUCUCAAUGUUGAUGAGUGUUGUACAUCAAUGCGACUUGAC